CUCGAAGUGACAUACCAUCUUAAAAAUUUUUUAAGUUCAGUUGAGUUCUCCCUAGAAAUAUUUCGAGCUUGUGUAAGAUGUUUACAGUGGAUGCAGGUGCAGAAUCAGUAGUACCUAACGAGACUCCAGUAAAUAGCCACUCCCUUGUGUUCGGGCUGCUCGCGGCCCAUGAGUGAAUACCAAAAGUUGCGCGUCACCGAAACCUUUCGAAUCCUGGCCAUCCUGCCCAGCUCUGCAGUACAGACACCUCGAACAACGGGCUGCCUACAUCGCCCUAAACUAGUCCGCCUAAGAGCUCACGCCCACGACUGUGACUUAAAGUUAGGAUCUAGCUAUCUCAUUACUUGCUAUUUCCCUGGAUCGUCGACCACCUAUCAACUGGAAGCAUGCCAUCUAAGAGGCAUCUAGAGAAAAGAGGCCGCCGUCGCCGCAAUGUCGUUCAGCUCAACGAUUUCUUGCGCGGCGAUGACGUGCACUUCCAAGAAACAACACCAUCUUCCAAUCAGUCCCAGGUCCAUACCAAUGAAUCCAAUGGAAACGCUCAAAACGCGAGCUCCAUAGGCACCAUCCCAUUGAGUGGCCUAGUCGAGAGCGAUGUGACUCCUGUUGUGACAACACAGCAGAGCGAUGAUCAUGAGAAGGCAUCACCUUCAGUGCAGAAAAAAAAUGUUAAACCAACUGUGAACGUCUGGCUAUCGGCUGGGGAAAACACCCAGCCCGAUGGCAACUAUAACGUGGAUACAGAGGAGUAUCCGGAUUUGGGAAUGCGUUCGAGGCGGUGCAAGCAAUCGACACCACCCUCUCCAAAUUUAGAUCAUAAUGAAGCCAUCUCUUCGCCAAAUGGUCAGCGUUUUCGAGGUCGUCGCGGUCGCACUAUCGAUCCGCCAGUUCUGGCUAACUUCCUUCCGGAAGCGGUGCUUCCCACAGGGGCCAACAACAAGCAGCAAACUGUGGCCAAGUGGGUGGCGUCAGUGCGUCCUGGUGACAACGAUCAGACACUUGGUUCUACUCCAAGCAAGAUCAGUCUGCUGAAAAGGGAUUCUGCCCAACAACACGAGCGAAAUGCUGGCCAGUCCCCUCAGAAGGAAAAGAAAAGUGCACCAAAAACUAAAGAGCAACAGAAAGAUACUGGUACUGCCAAUCAGCAGCAGCAGAAGUCUCCUGACAUUGUCCCACAGCAGCAGGGAAGGGGCUCAGCCAGUCCUUCAGCAGAGCAGCAGAAAAGUCCUAUUAAUUCUAUUUGGCAGCAGCAGAGGAGUUCGGGAAAUGCUCGCCAACAGCAGCAGAGAAGUCAAGGAAAGUCUUCCCAACAGCAGCCGAGGAACUCAGCUUGUUCAGUUCAGCAACAGCAGAAGAGUACUGGACAUACUUCCCAGCGACAGCAGCAGAAUCAGCAGCAAAAGUCUCCUGGCAAACUUCAUCAGGAAAACCCGAAGAACCCUUUGAGUCCUGCCAAGCAGCAGCAGCCGGCGUCUUCUAGCAAUCUUUUGCAGCAGCAGCACAAGACUCCUGGCAAUGCACCGCAGCCGCAGCCGACGUCUUCUGGCAAUCCCAUUCCGCAGCAGGCAAAGUCUCCUCGCAAUCCUUUGCAGCAGCCGCAGAAGUCUACUAGCAAUCACAUGGAACAGCAGCAGAAGGCUUCUGACAAUCCUUUGCAGCAGCUGCAGCAGUCUACUAGCAAUCACAUGCAAGAGCAGUCGAUGUCUUCUGGCCAGCCCUUGCAGCAACAGCCAAAGUCUCCUCGCAAGCCUUUGCAGCACCCGCAGAAGUCUAGUGACAAUCACAUGCAACAGCAGCAGAAGACUUCUGGCAAUCCUUUGCAGCAGCCGCAGAAGUCUACCAGCAACAACAUGCAACAGGAGCCGACGUCAUCUGCCCAUCCCUUGAAGCAACAGCCAAGGUCUCCACGCAGUCCCAUGCAGCAACAGCCGAAAUCUCCUCGCAAUGUUUUGCAGCAGCCGCAUAAGUCUACUGGCAAUCACAUGCAACAGCAGCCGACGUCUUCUGGUAAUCCUUUGCAGCACCAGCCAAGGUCUGCCUUGCAGCAGCGUCAGAAGAGUCCUGGAAAGUCUUUGCAACACCAGCAGAAAGGUCCUGGAGGCACUUCUCUGCAGCAACAUCAGAGGAGUCCUGUCAGGCAACAGCAGCCGAAGAGAUCCGGCAAUACCUUCCGCCAGCAACCGAAGAGUCCUGCCAAGACACCGCGUGAUGACGAACACGUUUCUUCGAUCACAGUCCCCGUCCUCACCGAUCAGUCCAGCCAGCAGCCAACUCAGCCGACUCCAUAUUCUGGCAACAACAGCGCCGACUAUGAGGACGAUGACGUGGUGCCGCCGACACCAAUCUGUCAAAGCCAAAGGCUCAUGUCGUGGAGAUUUCCGCGCAGCAACAAUAACCUACGGCUGGUGCGAAGCCUACAGUCGAUAAGCCAACAGUUUAUGCAGUCCUCGCCGGAGGAAUCGCAGGAGGAACAGGCGGUGCCGCGCCAGCUGCAGGCAUAUGUACAGCAGCAGAUAAGCCCGCACCAGGUCAAGCGACUGCCAGCAAACCAGCCAAUCCGUCACAUACGACAGUUGGCCAUGCGCAGCAUGUUGAACUGUAACGCUCAGGAGUUCCGGCCAAGGCAGCACCGUGUGGCCGGCGGAUCGAAUCAGCAGUCGCGAAUGGCCUUGGGGCAGCCAGGAGAAGAAGUACAACGAGUAGACUCCUUAUCCCGCCCGUCCAGAUUGAGCAGAAGACGCCGUCGCCAGCGAUUCCUGCGCUCCUUACAUAGUAAUUCAUCGCAUCAGUUGCUCACGCGCACACCGAGUGUUGGACUGCUGCCCACACCCGUGAUUCAGCCCAGAUGCAACUGUAGUGCACCGGUUUCGGCCCCAGUAUACCAAUGCACUCCUGCAACUGCACCGCGAGCGCAAACUCUACGGCAACCUCAGGCGCAACCCCUACAGCAAUCGCUGCCGCAACCCGUUCAGCAACCCGUUCUGCAACCCCCACCGCAAUCCAUACAGCAAUCCCAAUUCCAAUUCCAGUCCCCAACCCAACUCCAACUCCUGCCCCAAACGCAAGUCCAGGUACAACCAUCAGGCAGCGUACCAGUCCAAGUGAUGAUACCACCAGAAACGAUCAAGGUAAAUACCGGCAACAAUCCGCCGCCCUUUAUCUUAUACAAUCCGCAAUCGGGGAACAUUUGGAGCCACCCGACACCACAGAUUCCCAUCGAAAUACAGAGCAGGAAUGCCAGCCAGUCGGUUUUUCGGCUUGCCAGCCUCCCUUGCACUGGUGUGGGCACCCCCAAUACGGAUUUCUUUACGGGAUGGUCAACCCCCAGCCCGCCCCACCACAGCCCGAACUGCCUCCCGUCCAGUAUUUCCGGGCCGAGCCAGUUGCAGUGGUCCCAUACCCUCAGUUCGCCCCCGCUGUUGGAGGACCACCAGUUGCAGGAGGAGCCGCUGGAGUCACGUAUCUACCAAGACGACGACCUAUUGUACAGCAGGCCCCUCUUGGAUAUGGACCGAGAGGAUACCCAGUCGGAGGAGGGCGAGGAGGAGGAGUAUCAGGAGUACCAGGAAUAUCAGGAAUGGGAGUGCGGAUCGGGGUGUCAGUCGGAGUUACAGGCCUCUCAGCCGCCGCUCGUCGACGGGCCUCACGGCGAGCCAGACGCCGUCAUCGUUGAGGACACAGGACCAUCGCUUGAGCGUCACCAUAUAUUCCGUGCCCCAUCGCAGCACGGUCAGGACUAUCCCAAGCCAGAUUUGAACUGCGUGCCGUCCAGCAUUAAGAAGCUAUAUCACCUAAUUUCGUCGCAAUAUUCCGACUACUCCUUUGUCUACGCACUUAGUGCUCAGCUCAGCCAAGAUUGCGUGCCCAUGGACUGCUAUGUUUACAUGAAGAUGGUGCUGCUGGCCAGCAUAGUGUCGAUUGAAACCGAGGAGGUGCGGGCUCCCAUUGCGCUUUGCAUCAUCGCUACCGACAGCCUUAUUGCAAAUCACCUGAUGAACAAAGUGGGCCAACUGGCUCCACGUUUCCUGGGACCUCACGACUAUGGACUGCACCCGACCUUCAGUGCCUUGCCCACGCGCUUCAACUGGAUAGUGGCCUGUCCCUUGCUGAUGGCCCAGCAAGGUGUUUACUACGUGGGAGACUGGACUCGCCUUACCAAGGAUCAGGGAUGCCAGCUAGAGAAGUGCAUCGAAAACGGAGCGGUGCCAGUGCCACAGCUGCAAAUCGAUCAGCCCUUGGAGGCAGCCGUCUGGACGCACUGGCAGCCGGAAAACUCCAGCAAUCAGACCCUCGUCCUCUCCAAAUUGUGCCCAAUAUUCGGCCUGCCCAUUUACAUGGGUGAUCAGGUCAGCGAGAGCCUCUGGAACUUAAUAAUCCACCAGCAUAGCGCAGAGGGACAACUUAAUGUAAACGAUGGCUUAAACAUUCACGAGGACGACAUGCGUAUGCUUAUCCAUCUGUUGCACCAGCGCAAAACCACCUUCAGCGAUGGGGCCCAGCGGAUGUUGCAAAAGUACUACGUAAUCUCCAGGAAGGAGCGACCGACUGUCUUUUCCAGCAAGACGUACAUUGUACUUAAGCAAUUCGCCGAAUCAUUUGCCAAACUGGCCCUACGACUGGAGGUCCUUGAAUCGGACGUUUGUGUAGCGAUCUUCCACUGCGAGCACUUUGUGCAGCGUGUUUUCGGGACCAACGAGCAACUUGCUCCGCCGGCGGUGAUCACCUUCAGUGUGAUCGCCCGCAUCGAUCCGUACAUGAAUGAGUUCGCACGCUGGCUGCUCCAGUAUCUGGAUCGCUAUGAGGACGAGGACCUGGGAAUACAGCCGGACAAACGGCGACGCACCGAUAGCUGGGGCAUGCCCUAAGCAAUUGGGGGAAAAUACUAUACUCUUUAGUACUACUCGUAGAUUUAUGACCAGUGCUCACUGAAACAUUUUGAAUACGUUUUUGUAGUUUUAUACACAUGAAUUUACAACAUUUGUGUUUGUAAACAAAAUUGGCCCUGGGCCCAGACAAUACUACCUCAAAUGUAUUCACUAUUUACGUAAAUCGAACUGCCUGAAACGUUCUCAAGCAACGUCAAAAUUUGUAAACAUCACUUUUCCACACCUUUCCACUUGAUUCAUUCGGUAUAUGUUUUGUGUAUAUCGCCUAGCAAUCGCGGAUAGCUCUUAAAGUUCUAUGCGCGAUAAUCAAAAGCCUUCGUUUGAAUAAUCUUGUAUCGGUCUGUUAAAUGCUGUUAAUCCAACCAACUUUUUGUCAUCUUUCGGAAAACUAAAAUUCUCGUUGGUAAAAAUAUGUAAAUUAAAUGUGUGGCCAAGAGAAUACAUUCUUUUUAUUCAUACGUCUAUAUAUUAUUAAUGUGAUAACGGAGAAUAUUUCUCGGGAUAAAUUCAAACCUGGUAUUAGCUUUAAUACAAGCUGUGAAUAGUUGUUAAAGCCCUAUUAUUUGUAAAGGGCUACAAAACUUUUUUUUUUGAAAAAUAUUUAAAUUAAAUGUGUGACCAAGAGUAAACAUUUUCUUUUUAUUUAUAGACCCUAGAUAUUAUAUAAUGUGAUAAUGGAGAUUAUUUUUUAGGACAUAUUUGAACCUGAUAUUAACAUUAACAUGCUGUGAAUAGUUCUUAAAUAUUUUUUUUGUAUACCUAUAAAUUUAAGUUCCUUAAAGAAGGAAAAAAAUAG